AUGGCAGCUAGAAAAGUGCCUGUAAGUGAGAAAACUUUGAUAAUUUUAAUAAACGAAGUGAAGAAACGCCGAUGUUUGUGGGAUUUGGAUGAUAAAUAUUAUAACGACAGAUACAAGUUGGCGUCGGCAUGGGAAGAAAUCUCUGCAAUACUGAAAAUACCAGAGGACGUGUUGCGAGCUAAAUGGAAAAAUCUACGCGAUCUCUUCAAGCGAGAAGAGAGAAAAUGCUUGAAACAUACCGUUGAUGAUUAUACCGGCAAAUGGCGGCAUUUUAAAACUCUAUGGUUCCUAAAUAAAUCUGAAAGCACAGAAGCUACUUCGGACACUGAAAGCUUUGACACAGAUGUUACUGUAGUUAAAGACGAAAAUCACAAUCAAGAUACGUAUGAGGUUUUAAUCGACAAUGGUGUGCAAAAACGACUUACGUCCAAUCCUGAAAUCGAGCAAGACGAGAAAAAAGUUAAGUUUAACGUCGUCAAUGAUUAUGACACGAUGUUUUUGCAAUCUCUAACACCCUUCUUCAAAGAGCUUGAGCCGUGGAGAAAGUUAGUGGUACGAAAUAAAAUACAAGAUAUAAUUUUAAAUGAAUUGGCCGCCCAAAAAAAUUUUGAGUUACCACAGUCA